CUUCAUACGAUCACGCACAUGUCACUGUUUACGAUUGCGAUCACACUGUGAAUUCAACAUCAAAACCUGGUGGUAUCUGUGUGCCGUGUCACUCGAGGUCAUGGAUGCCAAGUACUCCCCGGAACAUCCACGGAACCUGAUUCCAGAGCUCUGUAGACUGUUCUACAACAAUGGCUGGGCAACAGGCACAGGCGGCGGAAUCAGCAUUAAGCUGGGUGAGGAGAUCUACAUUGCUCCAUCAGGGGUACAGAAGGAAAGGAUUCAGCCAGACGACCUAUUCGUCCAGACGAUCGACAAUAAGGAUAUCACAGAACCGCCGCCCAGUAAGAAACUCAAGAAGAGCCAGUGCACACCUCUCUUCAUGAAUGCCUACACGAUGAGAAAUGCAGGUGCAGUGAUACACAGCCACUCGAAGCAUGCUGUCAUGGCAACGCUGAUGUUUCCCGAGAAGGAGUUCAGGAUCUCUCACCUAGAGAUGAUCAAGGGCAUCAAGAAAGACAGCUCUGGUGGGUACUACAAGUACAAUGAGGAGCUGGUUGUCCCGAUCGUGGAGAACACCCCAGAGGAGAAGGAUCUGAAGGAUGCCAUGGCACGAGCAAUGGAAGACUAUCCUGACACAUGUGCCGUGCUCGUCAGACGACACGGGUUCUACGUCUGGGGAGAGACAUGGCAGAAGGCUAAAGCCAUGUGCGAGUGUUACGACUACCUGUUUGAGGUGGGAGUGCAGAUGAAGCAGCUCGGACUCGACCCCACUGCUGUCCCUAAACCCCCUAAGGGAGGAUAUGUCUCGGAGACGUCGUGAUCUCCUUGUUGUCAUAUUGUUGUUUUUAAGGAUUUUACAUCACAUUAUAGUAUUCUGUUAUUGUACAGUAGAGCUUACAGGAAAUUUCAAAACCAAAAACCCUGACCUGAAGCUGGUAUCCUUUUGGGACAGGAAGUCAUUAAUAGGUAAUAAUUUAUUCAUAAUUAAUAGGUAUCGGUUAUAAAAAAUUGCAAUCAGUCAUUUAUAUUCCCAUGUCAAAAUUGGUUUAUUUGGUGUAUAUAUCAACUUUUAAUUAUAAUAUUUGAUCUCAUUUAAUGUCAUAAUUUUGUGACAUUUUCUAUUUCUGUCUGAGAAGUAUUACCAGACAGUAUUGUGAAGACAGUUUGUCGCCUGUCCUGUGUCCGAUGUCAGCCUGCCAGAUAUACACUGCCACUUUAUCAACUUCUUCUACCACUGUUGCUUUAGCCCAUGAUCUCCAUGGCUUCCAUCUCAUCGUUCAUCUCAUUACGUGUGUAGUGCUUGCUGCUUUACAGGGAGAACUCCAGUUUCCCCCCUAAUAUUGGUCAUAUUUUGAUACCUGGGCCAUUUGGGGCGGUCGGGUGGCCUAGUGGUUAAAGCGUUCGCUUGUCACACCAAAGAUCCGGGGUUUGAUUCCUGACGUGGGUACAAUGUGUGAAUCCCAUUUCUGGUGUCCCCCGCA